AUGGCAACUAUAAUGAAGUUCCUCUACAUUGCCGUCCUUUGCAAUCUCAUUAUGGGAGGCAAUUGUGAACUUUGUUCUGUAAAGAGUUUGAUUAUUAAACAGUCAGCAACGGGAAAGUUGGUCCACGGUAAUCCAGAAUGGAAUGUAAAGAUCAUUAACGACUGCGCAUGUUCUCAAAUGAGUGUUAACCUAGAUUGUGAUGGCUUUCAAACUGUGGAAGAGAUUGAUCCUACAAUCUUGAGAAAAUCUGGUAUCCAGUGUCUCGUCAAUGGUGGCGGACCUAUCUAUGGGCAUAGCAAUUUCAGUUUCACCUAUGCAUGGAGCAAUUCAUUUCCUUUCAGAAUAGUCUUCUCUCGAGUUGCUUGUGCUUGA